AUGGCACUCACACCAAAAGAUUUGGAGGAGUUGGGCAAGGCCAAAACCGUUCUGCUGAAGGAAUUCUUCCAAGCCGAACCCCCGGCAACCAGGGGGGAGGAUCUGGCAGAGUUGUGGCGGCAGAUUUACGAUGACGACAUGCAGAGUACUGUCAUCAAUACAGCCUGUGGGCCGUCAGAUACCAACAUUCUGGUCUUCCCGUACGAGAAACUGCAGGCCUUGGUAGGUGACGGUGGGCACUGGAAGUGGCCCCGUAUUUGGCGCCGCCUGGACGAGCUCGAGCGCCGUGGCGCCGCCUACCGCGCUGGAGACCCCGUCAACUUCGAGCAGCCGAAUCCCAACGCAGAGGUUGUGCCACAGAGCGUCUUGGUGGUGGGUGGAGGGCCUGUGGGGCUUCGACUGGCCAUCGAGCUGCGACUGGGGGGACACCAGGUCACCGUUUUCGAGAAGCGACGAGAGCAGCGGGACGCCUCAGGACGACUGCAGCAAUUGGGCUUCACCAACCGCAUCAACCGGCCCCACGUCUUCAAUUUCCUUCGGAAUGACUUAGACCGUUUGAAUGGAAGGGACUUCAUGUCCUCCAAGAUGUGCUACCCAGUUUUCACACAGGGUGACACCUCAUCCAUCGGCAUUGAUGAGCUCCAGCUGUUGUUGCUCAAAAACGCCCUCUUGCUUGGGGUCGACUUUCAGCUUGGCAUGAGCUACGAGGACGCCGAAAUAGUUCUGGAUCCCACGACUCAGAAGCCUCAGUGGGAGGUGCGGUUCACUUGUGAUGCAGCUGCAGCAGAGCAGCAGAACAUGACGCCUGGCACCAACCGCCGCCGCUUCGACGUGCUCAUGGGCUGUGAUGGCGCGCGGUCACGUGUGCGUGAGAGCCAGCCAAACAUCUUUGGCGAUGUGGACAAGCGAAACUUCAAGAAGAUGAUCGGCGUGGUUGCCAACAUUCAAAAGGUGUCGCGACAGAGGCUGAAGGAGCUGGGCUUUCCCAGCGGCCAAGAGCCCACGGACAUGAAGCGGGCACACCUCGCCAAGGGAAAUAUGGUGGGCCUCAACUACUACAAAGCCUCCUUCCACAACUAUGUCAUUUUCACGCCCAGCAAGGAGGAUUUGCAGCAGGCCGGCUUCAGUGGUAGUAUUUAUUCUUUUCAUGAUGGCCGCGACAAGGUGAAUCCAAACAAGGUUGAGGAGAAGACUCGCUUAAGGCGGUGGGUUCUGGACAGAUGCAAGGAAGUCGGCAUUCCGGUGGACGAAACACUCAGUAACGGGGGUUUUGUGGAGGAGCCGAACGACGUCAUGGCCUUUGACUUCUCAGAGAUCUGGAAAUGCAAGAAAAACUUUGCCUUCAAUUUGCCACCCCCAGGUUACGACGCAGAGAAGCAGGGUCCGUGGGCUGGAACUUCCCUUGUGCCACCCAUUGGGCUUGUCGGCGAUUCGGUGACGGAGCCCUUCUGGAUUGCCGGUGUUGGAUUGCAGCGAGGUUGGAACGGCCUCAUGGAUGCCUGCUUCUUGAUUGACAACCUCUACAACAUGAGCUUUUCUGGGGAGCUCGAGCCAGCGGAAACCACAUCUUGGAAUGAGCAUGUGCAGCGUUUGCGGAAUAUGAUUCCCGUUCUAUAUGACUGCAGUCAUGAUGGCCGCAUGACAAAAGAAGGUUUGCAAGGGGAGUAUGCUGACCAGGGAGUGAUCAUGACACAGCUCACCAGGCAGAUGAAGGAUGCAGAGAAGCCUCAAUGGCAGCUGCAAGCCGACCCCUUCACCCGAUACGAACACUUGGCCAAGAAGAGUGAGGAGAAGUACAAAGGUGCCCGGCUGCUGGAGAACAUGCACCCAGUGGUGAGGAGGACUUUGGCAAUGCGGCGGGCUGGCGAUUGUGAUCGUGAUGUCCUGUCUCGCCCAAAGCUUUUGACAGUGAACGGCAGAGGAGUUGCCGCAGCCGCUGUUGAUUUUGUGGUGACGAAGCCACCGACUGCGCCGCAGCCUGCCCCACGGCCAAUUCCAGAGACGGAGGUGGCAAGGCGGGCUUCAGUGAAGUCGGAGAAUCUGCAUCACAUGUUGUCCAAGCAGAUUGACAUGCACGUGCAGCGCAGCAACUCUGCAUCAGCCUUUGACGACGAGAGGUGGAUGCCGCUUUCAGACGGGGGUGGCUUUGCAGAAAUUGCCGAGAAGCAAUGGGAUGUCAUGACAGAGAAGCAUCUGAGUCCUGCACAGAAAGCCGAGCUUUUGCAUGUGCGGAAUAUGAUGCAGUCCCUGAAGCAGCAAAUCCAGAGCUUGAACACCAGCCUGGAAGGCUUCCAGCGUGCGGAAAGAGAAUUGCUUGUCGCCGCUGGGGCACGUUGA